GACUUGACAUUAUAACAGUCAUCAUCACCUUCACGUUGUUUGCUUCAUCACCACCAUAACCAUUAACCUUUUCCUUUCUCAUUACCGCUUCUCUCUCUUGCCAUUCUUCUCCCCCAAACAAUGUUUUAGCCUUCCUCUAAACCCUAAGCCCUCCCUCUCAUCUCCUUCAAUUCCCUGUUUUAUCCUUUCUUCUCAGAUAUGGAUUUGGCACCCAUCACCACCGCCUCAUCAGCCGUCACCGCCACCGCCCACUUUGAUGCUCUCCAUGCUCCAACCCCACCGCCUACCCACCCCGCCAAGUCUCCGUCUUUCGCCAACGGCUCCCACAAGCGCCACCACCCUUCGCCUCAUCCCCCGCCGCCCGCGGUGGUUUCCUACAAGGAAUGCCUCAAGAACCACGCCGCCACCAUCGGCGGUCAUGCGCUUGACGGUUGCGGCGAGUUCAUGCCUUCAUCAUCCUCCAACCCCAGUGACCCCCGCUCUCUCAAAUGCGCCGCGUGUGGUUGCCACCGCAACUUCCACCGCCGUGACCCCCAAGAGCAUCAUCACUCCAGCCCCAACUUCCUAAGCUGCUUCUAUCCUCCGCUUCCGCCGCCGCCGCCGCCACAGGUAGCUCCCCGGGGAUUAAGCCCGAGCACUAGCCCAAGCAUGAGCCCCAGCUCAAGCCCGAGCAGCGCCAGUCCGAGCCCGUUAUCAAGCCCGUCGCCGCCACCGGUCUCGCAUUUCCCUCCUUCUUCGUACCACACAUCGGCACCGCAUAUGCUGAUGGCGCUCGGGAACGUUUAUUCUGCUCCGUCCGAUGAACAGCAUCGGAGCUUCAUGAAUUAUUCGGCGAUGAAGACGACGGAGAAAGAGAGCCCAGGCGGGAGAAAGAGGCACAGGACGAAAUUCAGCCAAGAGCAGAAGGAGAAGAUGUUUCAGUUCUCUGAGAAAUUGGGUUGGAGAAUGCAGAAAGGAGAAGAUAGAAUGGUCCAAGAUUUCUGCAAUGAGGUUGGGGUUUCAAGAGGAGUGUUCAAGGUUUGGAUGCACAACAACAAGAACACUUUCAAGAAAAAAUCAGAAAUUGGGAAUACCCAGACUGAGAAAAUCAACGAAGGUGAUGACUGUUCAGCUGGUAAUAAUCGAGGUGGCGGCGGCGGGUUUGAUUGUGAUAUUAACGACGAUAAUGAUCACAGGAAUGAAGACAGCUGCAUCAAUCUUCAAGUCUCGGUUAAUGGGUCGUCGUCUUCUUGAUCAUCUUCAUCUUUCUGGUAAUCCCAAGGCCAUGGCGAGCUAGCAAGAUCUAGUUUUUCUUAAUGUUUAAUGAUCACUCUGUUCAUAAGAACAGCUUCUGAAAAUCUUAAUUAAUAUAAUUUCCAGAGAUCUUCCAUUUGAUUCAUCUUCCUCCUCUAGCGUAGCUUGUGAGAUCUCUCGCCGCCGCCGUCUC